AUGUCCGACUACCUCCCGCUUCAAAAGCCACUAACCCUCGCCGCCCUCAGCUUCACAGCCGGCAUAGUAAUAACCCUCUCAUUCCAACAUCUAACCACAAAGCUUCACUUAUCUCCCGAAGAUCGACAGAGGCGUCAAGAAUCAAAACACAACGACCCCCGUCGUGACUCUUUCGUCCCCAUCUCUUUACAAAAUCUACUUACUUCCUCUGGUUCUGGUGGUUCAUCUGAUGCUCCAGAUGGUGGUGGUGGUGGUCUAACAUUACCUUCGUUCCUUCAACCUAAUAAAGAAGAUAUCAAAAAUGGACUAGAAGGGUGUAUUGGGAAUACACCAUUAAUCAGGAUUAGAAGUUUAUCAGAAUAUUUGGGGUGCGAGGUACUCGCAAAAGCAGAGGCAGAAGAAGAAGGCCGCCUCCGCCCCUUCUCAGGCGAUAAAGUCUUCGAAGGAACAGUCGGCAGCACCGGCGUCUCCCUUGCCCACAUUUGCCGUGCAAGAGGAUACCUAGCCCAUAUAUGCAUGCCAUCGGACCAAUCUCUUGAGAAAUCAAACCUCCUUCUAAAGCUCGGCGCUGUCGUUGAGCGCGUCACACCGGCAUCAAUCGUAGACCGAAAACAAUUUGUCAACCUUGCAAAAUCCCGCGCAAUCGAACUAACGGCUGACCACUCCACGCCGGCAAGAGGGUUCUUCGCAGAUCAAUUUGAAAAUGAAGCAAACUGGAAAGCACAUUUUGAAACAACAGGGCCGGAGAUAUACCGACAAUGUGGAAAGAAACUUGAUGCGUUUGUUGCAGGUGCGGGGACGGGUGGGACGAUUUCUGGGGUAAUUAGAUAUUUGAAGCAGUAUUUGCCAAACUUAACGGCCGUCCUGGCCGACCCGCAAGGAUCAGGAUUGCUGAACAAGGUGAAAUAUGGAGUAAUGUUCAACGAAGUUACUGAAAGAGAAGGCACCAGAAGAAGGGCGCAAGUUGAUACGAUCGUCGAAGGGAUCGGAAUAAACAGGGUAACAGCAAAUUUUGAAGCUGGUAGGACGUCGAUCGACGACGCUAUCCGUGUUUCUGAUGAAGAAGCGUGUCUGAUGGCCCGGUACCUCGUCGAACAAGAUGGCCUAUUUGUUGGCAGCUCUAGUGCUGUCAACUGCGUAGCCGUCGUUAAGCUCAUUAAGGAACGUGGGUGGGAAAACUCGAAUAAGAGAGUUGUAACAAUUCUGUGCGACAGCGGCAGCAGGCAUCUAUCUAAGUUUUGGGCUAAAAUUGGCGAUAUUGGAGGCAGGUGGGAUACAUCUAUUGAAGAUAUACUUGCUGCUGGGGAAAAGAAGUAG